UCGGAAGUGCGGCUCGCGGCGCGGCUGCGGGGACGACCGUUAGACGGGGCGGCCGUUACACCCGGGCGGCCGUUAGGCCGGGGCGGCCACGGAGGGAGUAGGAAGCCCUGGAGCUGCGGGGUCUGAGCUGCCGCUGUGGCGAUGGCGGACAAAGGCUCGCGUCAGGAGACGCAGGCCCGACCCCGACGACAGAGUGACCCCGGAUCCAAGGCGGAAAAGCCGCGGCCACCAAAACUUCCGGUGCCGCAGGAGGGGGAAGUGCCUGGAGAGCUGACUGAAGUGGAGGUGGCGAAGCUGAGGGCUCGCGAGGAGGGUGAGGAGGUGGUGGGCGACAUCGUGGAGGAGCUGAUGGACCAAGUGAUGGAUGCCGCCUGCAAAUCCUACCUGGAACGGCAGUGCAUUCCGUACGCAGUGAACAGGGCACGGGAGACCAUACUCCAAAUGGUCCAGAUGAGAUUUGUGCCCCGGGAUGAGGGAGAACCCCACCUAGCAGAGGACCCCACGUGGGCGGAGGACGAGGAACCCUCACCUUGCCCAAUUGACACCUGGGCUCGAGGAGCCGUGCCCCUGCGGUGCGCGCCCUGCUCGGUGGAAAGGAAGACGAGCCAAGGCAAAGGCCUGGACCCCAAUGAUCAGGAGAGCCAGGAUCUUCAGAAGGGGCCUCACCCUGCUCCUGGAGUCCUCAAGGCCAAGUCCCAGGUGGUGAGGAAGCCCACGUUGCUGCCGAAAGCAACGAAGAUGGCUCCUGGUGUGCGCACGUGGAACCCAGCCACCCAUGAGCUGCUUAGCUGUGCUGAAGCUCAAAAGGACGACGAAGAGGGCAGCACCUCUCGUCCCAUCCACACGGGUGCCCAAGAACAUGGGUGGCACAGCUAACAAAAGUCAGGUCCCCAAAUAUCAUCACUCCCCUCCAGGCACCUGCCCCAUCCUGGGCCCUGAACCUCAGGCAGUGGGAAUCCCGCCUACUUUCUGUCUGUCUGCCAGAAAUAAACACCUGGGUUGCUUUAAGAAUU